AUGGAGAAAUGGAAUCCACAAGUGCUUAACGAUCAUUUGGCAAAUUUCAGUUACAUCGGAGAGUACUCACUUUGUGAUAGUGACUGGAUUGUAUACAAGAAAUUUGCUUCAGUCACAAUAAAUCCUAUCAAAUAUCCGCAUUUUCAUCGCUGGUUGAAUCAUCUAAAAAUUCUGAAAACCUUUCUGUCUGACAUUCCUGAAUCGUCAUCACUGAACGCUAUUUGUGAAACCAGAAUGUCACCUUCGGGUAUCGAAGAAACGGGUGAUGCUAGUUUACCCCAAAAUUUGCUCUAUCAUCUUGAAAAGCAUCAGCAUUUCGAGACUUUCGAAUACGCCACAGCUGCUAAAGAAGAUCAUCAGAAAGUAGUGGGUGCUGUGAAAAGUUUAGAAGCAGUUGAAGGGUUAGUGGAAACAGAAGAACGAAUUUCAAAAACCUUCGAAUUGACAGAUGAAGGAAAUGAAAUGGUUGAAAAUGGUUCCCAUGAAGCAAAAAUUUUCCUGUUUGUUGGACCUAGUGGUAUUGAUCAGGCGGAAUUAAUGAAGCUACCGUAUGGCAAAGUUGGAAUAAGUAAAGCAAUAGCUUCUGGAUGGGUUGCAAUUGAUAAGACAGGUGGGACAGUACGGCUUGUACGAAAAGUCGAUACGAUCAAUGAUAAAGUGCAGAGUCAACUAAAGCUGAUUUUGGAAGGGAAUGUGCAGAAACUUGAUGUGAAAACUCUGAAUGAAUUGAAGAAAAGGAAAUUGGUGACAGAAAUUAAUAUCAAAAGUUAUUUGGUCAAAAAAGGUUCAGCGUUUUCAACUGUUUUAUGUAAACCCGAAGUUGACCUCACGGCAGAUAUGAUUAACAGCAAUUCAUGGAGAAAGAAGAUAUUUAAAAAGUAUAACUUUGACGCCUUAGGCAUGAUGCCAACCGGUGGCCAUUUGCAUCCCCUUAUGAAAGUGAGGAAUGAAUUUCGACAAAUUUUUUUCCAAAUGGGGUUCGUUGAAAUGCCUACUAACAGAUAUGUGGAAUCUUCUUUCUGGAAUUUCGAUGCUCUGUUUCAACCACAGCAACAUCCAGCACGUGACGCUCAUGACACCUUUUUUUUGUCAGACCCAGAAAAAAGUUUCAGUUUUCCUGAAGAUUAUUUACAACGAGUUAAAAAUGUUCAUACCGAAGGUGGAUACGGUUCGAAGGGUUAUAACUAUGAUUGGAAGUUGGAAGAAGCUCAAAAAAAUGUCCUACGGACACACACAACUGCAGUUAGCGCUCAUCAGUUAUAUAAGCUUGCUAAAAAGGGAUUCAAACCUACAAAAAUGUUCAGUAUCGAUCGGGUUUUCCGAAAUGAAACACUGGAUGCAACACAUCUGGCUGAAUUCCAUCAGGUCGAAGGUGUUAUUGCGGAAAGAAAUUUAUCACUUGCUCAUGUUAUGGGCCUUUUCACUGAAUUUUUCCGGAAAUGUGGUAUUACAAAUCUUCGCUUCAAACCUACUUAUAAUCCUUAUACGGAACCAUCGAUGGAAAUAUUUGCCUUUCACGACGGUUUAGGAAAAUGGGUGGAAAUUGGCAAUUCAGGCAUGUUCCGUCCUGAAAUGUUGUUGCCUAUGGGAUUACCAGCUGAUGUGAAUGUUGCUGGCUAUGGAUUGUCCCUAGAAAGGCCAACAAUGAUUCGCUAUGGUAUUGAUAAUAUAAGGGAUCUGUUUGGUCCAAAAGUUGAUUUACGAAUGAUUUAUGAGAAUCCGAUAUGUUGUCUUGACAAAAAUUGA